UCUUUCUCUUUCUCUCUCUCUCUCUCUCUCUCUUUUGUGGUGAUAUUGAGAUGAAUAAACUCCAAAGGAAGAAACCCAAGCGCGCAGGUUACGAUUCCGAAGAGGUUAGUAGCAUCGAGUGGGAGAUCAUCAACAUGACCGAGCAAGAAGAAGACCUCAUUUAUAGAUUGUACCGGCUGGUCGGCGACAGGUGGGCUCUGAUCGCGGGCCGGAUUCCGGGCCGGAAACCGGAAGAGAUCGAAAGGUUUUGGAUUAUGAGGCAUGGUGAAGGGUUUGCUGAGAGGAGAAGUAAUGGCAAAGUAACUAAAAGAGGAGGACACUAGUUAAUUUAGGUUGAAGAUGAUUGAGUACUGCUUUAGUGUAGUUUUUCAUCUUGUUUCUAGUUUGACAUUUGUUUCUAAUCUGACAAUGUAAAUGCGUUUUAGCUAGGUAUGUAUUUAGCAGUGUGUCUAAAACUCUCCCUCCACUUAGAUAUUUACAUCUCUAACCAUUUUUCUCGAGAUUAGGAGUCUAAA